AUGGCGAAAGGAAUAUUUCUGGGGAAAUCGCGGGCCCAGCGCGACCCUGAUGCGAUCUCAACCCCCGUAUUGAAAUUUACAGACGCUCUGCCUCGAAAUGACCUGCGCGACCUUAAACCGGAAGAGAACGACAGUCGUCCGCCUCAUCAGUCGCAUCGGAAUUUCCAGCGCCCAAGGCCCUCCGAUGGACGCCAGCCGAACAAGAAACUUCAGAGCCCGAGUUCGGGUUUCGACUUUCGCAUCAACGUGCCCCCUCCUGAGGCGGUGUCGUCGCCCACGCCCACGGACUUGGGAGUGGACGAGCACAUGAUCGGAAUCGCUUUGGGCAGCCCACGCAUGGUGGGAGCGCAUCAUAUGAUGUCCCAAAUGCAAGAGAAAGUCCUGUCGACGGCGGUUGAUCCUCCGAAGCCGGCUCCUAUACAACGGAAACCGAGCAAAUGGAAGAAAAUUGGGGGCUUCUUCAAGGCAAAGAGCGCCAUGACAUCCGGCGCUGCUAGCCAGCCGUUCUAUCAGGUCCAAUCCGGCGGCAAAUGGCCCCUCCAAGGUUCUUCUCAUUCACUGGACUACAAACCCCGUUCGCAGCCUGAAACCACCGAGCCGAAACCAAUCUCAAACACUGAGGUGUGGCCUUGCUUAGUGACAGAGCCCGAGCCUAAACCAGACAAAUCAGACCAAAAAACGACUCCAGUUGUGCAGACUCCACCCAAAGUUGAGAGUGUGAAAAGCGCGCAGCCAAGUAAGAAUGGCGAGGGCCCCAUGUUGCAAAUCGAUAUCCCGGAUGUCCAAAUGGAACGGUACAGUGUUAUGUUUGGCGGUCUUUUAAGCAGACGAAGCAAAACCUUGGACGACAUCACUACUGAAACGUCUACAUUGGCCGACUUACCCCCUCCCCGACGCCGGGCUACCUCCCCGCGCCCAAAGACUCCUAGCUUUACAUUGUUCCCUGCAACGCAAAUCACCAAAGCAUCUAAGGUCCUCGGCACGCCAAACAUCCCUCAGGGACCCAGUCCGUUCCAUAGGAGCCAAACAUCUUUGGUCGAAGCUAGCAGCCGCGAUCUGUCGAACAACGAGCAGGACCACAUCUUUCUCAUGGUGCACAGUCCCUCGCUGAAGUCUCCAUCCUCGCAUAAGACCCACCAUUCGGUUUCGUCCUUCAUUUCCAGCACAUCAUCACUGGCAGAAAUCGAUGAGAAGCAGCUCCUGCAAACGAUCAAGCCGGUGAAGAGCUACGUUGACCCAACGGAAGAGCCGCAGUGGGAGAUCAUCAACAAGAGCCCGUCGUCGCAGACGGGCGACUUGAAGCAAAAGCUUGCACAGUCCCUGACUAUCAACACGCGCGAACUGCCUAGCGAAUCUGCCAGCAGUGGUUCCGCAUCGUCCUCCCCGAUUCUAUCGCCUCUCAACUCAGUUACAGAAAAGCUCAUUUCCCCCGCUGGUAGCAAACCCGUUGUUUCACCAGCGGAAUCCAUGCGCAUGCCGCCCAGUGAGGUCGUCGUCAACGAAGACGACAAAGAAGACGAGGAAGAUGAUGAUCAUGACGAUCUCGAUGCCACGGAGCCCAUCAACGCCGGAUCGAUCAGCCCGCUGCCAAGAGUGGAGGUCUCCAUCGCGAGAUCCGUAUCUGUGUCGAAAGGAAAGAAGCAGAUGAUUGUCCCUAUCCGUCCCAGGGCUGAUCGGCUAAGCCCGGAUGAGCGGCUGAUCAACCGCGCCGCAAAGACCCCUCAAGUCAUGGAUGCCCAGUAUCGCCAUCGUCAUGGGAACUCCCAGGAGCUGCGCAUCGAGUCCGUAUGA